AUGGCCUCAGAGGCUCCCAAUACAACCACCAGGGCUCCUCGGGUCACAAUGAAGAUUAAACUAGAGCGCAUAUGUACCUUGUUAGAUGAGCUCAACUUGAACCCCAAGACGUUCAUGACCGCUUUCCUUGAGGAUGACGAUGAAGUAUCAGCGGUCCGGCGGCGCUACUAUGGCACAGAGCGAGGCUGGGAAUCCACACUGGAUUUGAUAUUAUCUAUAAAAGCUCUCACUUGUUUGCACAUGGGUGGCCGGGCUCUCUGGCAUGAUUUCAUAUUAUCUGAGGCGACAGAGAUUGUGUGCGCCCAAAAACCUCAGAGCGGGCUGGCACCACGUGGCUCGUAUUACAACUCCACCACAUUGUCAGAUGCAUUUUUCUCCAAGGAACAGCUAUCGGCCCGCAACGACAGUCUUGUUCAACGGAUGCCCUUCCUGUAUCAGCUCUUGUGUGUCAAAAUGAAGAAGAACGACAUCGUGGCGCCGGUUGUGCCUGGAGCGGACCCCUUAGGCAAUUUGGCAAACGACGAGUCUGACGAGGACGAAGGGGUUGGGUCAGACAAGGAGUUACCGGAGGUGGAUGGCUCUGUCUUCAGGCAGUGCCGGGACCGUGCAGUCAGGCGAGCCAACCGUGUGACAACAAUCGCUAGGACCAUUUGCGCUAUGGUUGCCUUUGGUUCAAACCGUCGACACAACGGGUUGCAAUUGAGCAAUUCACUCAUCUUCCUGGCUGCCGGUGUCACUGAGCGGGUCAGUGCGUACCUCAACUAUGUAGGGUUGGCAUCAUCACGCCGAACUGCCCAUGAGGCACUGAAGAGCCUGGGGAAAGAGUCUGCAAACAGGCUGAUGGCUCGGUUCGACCUGUCAUCCUCCAAACGGCUCGCGCCCUUCUUGUGCUACAAUAACCUGGACUUCCAGGAGAAGAUUCAUAUGAAGUCUGUCGGACGGGCGAGCACGAUGUUCCACGGGACUUGGGGUUAUAUUCACUCAGCCCCCGAAGCCCUCAUGAAGCAGGUUGAUCCGGCCGAACUAUCUGUUGAAGCAUUUAACAACGCCUUGCACGCUGGGACUCAACUGACGAUUCGGCCAGAGAUGUUUACCCCCACGAGAGAUAGCACGAUCCACUGGGAGAAGACCCUGAAGUCUCAGAUAACGCGUGUGAUCGUUCAAUACCUAGCGCGACCAAAGGACACCCGAGUUAAGCUGAAUAAAUCUCCACCACCGGCGCAUCCGAUCGUCCCAGAAGACCCCCAGAUUGCUGUUUUGAAGUUAAUGGUCGCCUCCGAUAACUCCGCUCAGGGGGUCGGUGACGUAUUCACGGGGGUGAUUCAGCAGAGCGGCCUCACUCCGGAAGACCACGAUAACAUCCUGGCGAUCCCUGGCGCCGCCCACACUUUGUGGAACAUUUCGCAGGCGGUCUUUCUGGCACACUGGGGAAACGAGAAGCAUGCACGGGACACCGGCGCGUGGCGUACUCUUCAUGCUUUGGGGGUCCAGGCUGACAAGCCGGUCACCAAGAAGGAUUUCAACAUGAUGCUCUGUCAUAUUGAGAAGGUACACGAGGCCAGCUUAUUAUUCUGUGUCCUCCUCGUCGCGAAUCGAUCUCAUGUGCCAUUGACGGCUGACCUACUCAAGGUCUCAAGCGAGACGAUCACUGAGUGGGUGGAGCAGACGUAUGAUCGGUUCUGCUCUGGCGAGGCGUUCCGAACGGAUCUCGCUCGCACUUCCCCAGCGCAUCUCAACCUGUUGCUCAGAAUCCGAGACUUUGCAACAAUCAUCGAGGCUCAGAGGUCGAUGAAAGAAGGGGAUUACGGCCGUCUUAUGUUCAUGUGGGAACGUUGGGCUGUGAUGACCCAAGGCCUGGGGCAUAUGCCACAUUACUCAAAGCAUUUGCCCAAGCUCAUCGUUCAGCUCAAAUAUGUGCUCCCCAAAUCGAUUUCUCACUUAAUCUCAAACACUUUGCUCUUGUCUCCAAAAGGGCAAGCCGGGCACUUUAUGGCCACCAACCAGUACCUAGAAGUACUGAAUUACUGGUUGAAGUACUUCUUCAAUCAUUCUGGGAUCGGAACCAACAUCAACCGAUUGAAAGAUGUUUUUUCUCCCAACAUCACCAUUCUCAAAUCACUCCUGGACAUCCUCAAGCUGGAAUCGGGAUGCACCGUUGUCCAUCAGUCCCACCACAACCGGAUCACCUGGGAUUCACUCAACAACUUUCGACGGAUGGCUGAGCGGGAGCGCAUGGGUCUCAGUCCACCAAAGGGGCCUCCCCCUCAACAGAACCUGGACACAUACUCCGCCGGGAUCCUCAAGCUGCAAGCUGAGUUCACCCGCAAUGGGCUGGAGCGAUUCAGGCCUUACUGCCCUGGGAUCAAGACUAUGUCCGACAGCCAGAUAGGCGGCAUGGGUGGUGAUCAAUUGCAAGAGGAUGGCCUGUUACAUGAGGCCGGAUGUAGUGACGAGUCUUCAGCCGAAGUGAGUGAUCAUGAUGAUCAGGAAUAA